GGUAGGAAGAAGUGCACAAGUUGAAUAACAUUAGUAAGGGUGUAGCUAAUUAGCAAAAUAAACAAAAAGGAAGUGUUGAGUUGGUUAAUGAUGGCAGCAAGCGCAAGCGCAACCACAAUGUUGCUAAAAUACCCAACUACAGUUUGUGGUAUUCCAAAUCCUUCAUCAAACAAUAAUAAUGAUCCUUCAAACAAUAUAGUUUCUAUUCCACAAAAUACUACUAAUCCAACACUUAAGUCCCGUACACCUAAUAAAAUCACCACCAACGCCGUCGCGGCACCGUCCUUUCCUUCUUUAACCACCACUACACCGUCGUCCAUCCAAUCACUUGUCCACGAAUUCGACCCUCAAAUUCCCCCUGAAGACGCUCAUACACCUCCUAGCUCUUGGUAUACCGAACCUGCCUUCUAUUCCCAUGAACUUGAGCGUAUCUUUUAUAAAGGAUGGCAAGUUGCAGGGAUCAGCGAUCAAAUAAAAGAGCCUAACCAAUAUUUCACUGGCAGCUUAGGAAAUGUUGAAUAUUUGGUGUCUCGAGAUGGUGAAGGGAAAGUUCAUGCAUUUCACAAUGUUUGCACCCAUCGUGCAUCUAUUCUUGCUUGCGGUAGUGGCAAAAAGUCGUGUUUCGUGUGCCCUUACCAUGGAUGGGUAUAUGGCAUGGACGGAUCACUUGCGAAAGCCUCCAAAGCAAAACCUGAACAAAACUUGGAUCCUAAAGAACUUGGGCUUGUACCCCUAAAAGUUGCAGUAUGGGGGCCGUUCGUUCUUAUCAGCUUGGACAGAUCACUUGAAGAAGGUGGUGAUGUUGGAACUGAGUGGCUUGGUACUUCUGCUGAAGAUGUUAAGGCCCAUGCUUUUGAUCCUUCACUUCAAUUCAUUCACAGAAGUGAAUUCCCAAUGGAAUCUAAUUGGAAGAUUUUCAGUGACAACUACUUGGAUAGCUCAUAUCAUGUUCCUUAUGCACACAAAUACUAUGCAACUGAACUCAACUUUGACACUUACGAUACCCAAAUGAUCGAAAACGUUACAAUUCAAAGAGUGGAAGGAAGUUCAAACAAGCCUGAUGGUUUUGAUAGAGUUGGAAUUCAAGCAUUCUAUGCUUUCGCGUAUCCAAAUUUCGCUGUGGAAAGGUAUGGCCCUUGGAUGACUACAAUGCAUAUUCACCCAUUAGGACCAAGGAAAUGCAAACUAGUGGUGGACUAUUAUAUUGAAAAUUCUAUGUUGGAUGACAAGGAUUACAUCGAGAAGGGCAUAGCAAUCAAUGAUAACGUACAGAGGGAAGAUGUGGUGCUGUGUGAAAGUGUACAAAGAGGUUUGGAGACACCAGCAUAUCGUAGUGGGAGAUAUGUGAUGCCUAUUGAGAAAGGAAUCCACCAUUUCCACUGCUGGUUGCAACAAACUUUGAAGUAAUUGUUGACUUGACUUCACCGGACGUUUGCGUGCUCCUCUUGGCUCUUGCAGUUAGUUAUGUGUGUAUGCUCAUGGCCUAAACUUAUAACAUUUUAUACUCAAUUUAUAAUAAACACCAUAGUAAGUACCUCAGAUAUCCCGUGCAUUUUCAUUUUCAGGGGAAAUAAUGACAUUGUCUAUCAAUAUCAAUAUCAAUAUCAAUAUCAAUAUUACCAGUAAUUUUAAACACAA